AUAGACUGCAUUACAGUCAAAAGAACACGUGCAUGAUGAAAUCGGAAUAACGGAUCAGAUUUCUCUGCCGAGCACAGUUCCUGCAAGCUGCUGGAGGAGCUGGGAGGUUUUAGGUGAUGAGGGGGAAGCCUUGAGGGGCAUCAUUCUACUGGAGGCAAAUUCCCACUCUUGGCGUGGAAGAUGAGAAUUUCGUGGAUGUUCAUAUUCUUUCUGGUUUGCAAGUUAUGUCAUACUGCUCAGCCUCAAAGUGACGCCAAGUGUCACUGCAACGAUAUUAUACUGAAGCGCGUGCCUGCAAACGGCAUCGUGACUGUGCCGUGCCCGCACACUCCAUCCGAAGAAGACGAAAUUAUGUUUUACCUUCUCAAAGACGAGGAGGUGAUUCACAACUACACGUGCAAACAGGCCAAUAACUGUACUGGAAAUAUAAACCUCGGUAUGGAACUUGACAAAAACAAUUCGAGUUGGUUUUUCACACUCAGAGGACGACCCAAAAUUAGCGGUCUGUACAGAUGCAACAGCACAAAGACGUACCCCCCUCCCCUCGAAAAAAGACAAGGCGCUCCUGUGCUUGUAAAAGAAUUCCCUCGCGUACCUGGAAGACCCACAACUAAUCUCCCAGACGUUUCAGCAACGAUACCCCCAGAAUUUCUACAAAUUCCAUGGAUUUGGAUAGCAGUGAUUGCACUUGUCAGCAUCUAUGCUAUAACGGCCACCAUCAUUGCACUCAUCAACUGGCACAAGUUGAAGAAGACCGAAUCCCAGAGUGACUACAUGAACACCAAACCCAUCGCGCCCAGGGACCGCAGGAAGAAAAGAGGUGUUCAGAAUAUACCGAAACACUUCUAAUCACUUCAGCGGAUCAUUUGCACAGCUUAGUUUAGACAGAAACAUGCGGGUACUGUCCUUUGCAGUAGCUUUUUUCUUAAUAAACACGUAAUUAUGAGCCAGUUUUUUUUUUUUUGUUUUGUUUUUAUAUCCUGUAGUGGUUGUGUGUCUACGCAGCAAAAGUAGCAUUCUUCUUUUAAAA